UAGAAGGAAGGGAGGUCGUCACGGUGAGUUUGUUGUGAUCAUGUUUUAUUUGUGCCGCGUGGUGCCUGUGGCUGGUAGUGGCGGUGCCGUUAGUGGCGUGGUGGUGUGGUGUGCCGGGCCGUCAGGACACAGGCGGCGGUGCAGUGUAGUGGGUGCGGCGUUGCACUGUGCUCUUGUUCCUUGUUACAGCGAGUAACACGGAACUGCUGGUGUAGUGUGACGCGGUGCGGGACUUGGCGUGUCUCUGCAGUGGUAGUGGCGUGCGUGUUUGCAUGGCCUCCCUCGGGGCUGCCUGUGUGGUGAUGUGCUGUCACCUUGAGCCGCGCCAGACAGUGUGCGCGGUGAUGUCAUAAUAUGAACAGACAAGCUCAUUGCGACGACAGUGUUCAUUGGUCAGUAUUUCUUUGCAGGUUCCACAGAGACACUGUACUUGAAACAUUGUUGUGGAGUGUUCCGUGCCGUGAGUGUGCGGCUGUGUGUUUGUAUGUGUGCUUAUAUGUGAGGCGUGGCCGUGCAGCGUGACCCAGCAUGCUGUCCGCGGCUACCCCUCUGCCCUCCCUAAACCGGGCCGGGGCAGAGCGCCGUUCACGCCCCUGAGUGCCCUUUUCUGCCCUGGUGGAGGACCCUGCUGGUGGGGGCGGCACUGGCCGGUGUGGGGUGCUGCCCAAGGACGGAGGGGCAGGGGCGGUGACGAUGGUGGUGUGCGAUGGGUGACGGGCGGCCGUGGUGGGCGGGCCCGCGCCGCGUGCGCCGCGUGCACGGCCUCCAGCUGCCGCUCCACCCGCAGCAGGUGCUGGCGUGGCUGGUGAUGGUGAGCUUCACCUCCCUCAUGUACGGCGCCGUCCUCCCCGCCCUCCACUCUCGCCUGGCCUUACCCCUUGCACUGGUCACCGGCGUGGUCUUCGUCGUUCACGUCUUCACACACGCCCUCGCCCUUGCCCUGGACCCUGCUGACCCGCAGCUGAGGGCGCGCAAGGACCGCCAGCAGGUGCCGGAGUUUGAUCGCAACGUGCACAGUCAUGUGAUUGAGAACGGUCGGUGCCACCUGUGCAACAUAACGAUCACCUCCAGCAGGACCAAGCACUGCAGCGCCUGCAAUAAAUGUGUGGACGUGUUCGACCACCACUGUAAGUGGCUGAACCACUGCGUGGGUCGCCGCAACUACCGUAUCUUUCUGGCCUGCGUCCUGACAGCCAUCCUGGCCUGCCUCUUAGUUAUGGGGACCUGCCUCGCCGAGAUUGUUCUCUAUUACUUUAAGAAGGAGUACUUGUCCCCGUGGGAAGAACCGAGACCCCAGCAGGCCACGCAGCGGAGGUCUGGAGCUGGCGACGACGAUGACGACGACGCCUCCCUCACGUGCUCUGAGGGGGCGCCUUACUGCCACUUCUCCAUCUUUGGUGCUCUGGUCUACGACGGCGCCUUCAUCGGGCUGCUGUCAACGUUGUUCUCCGUGGCCUUGGUGGCGGAGGUCUUGCUGGUACACCUCGCGGCCUUCCAUGCCUACAUCAUAUUCCUGGGCUUCACCACUUACGAGUACAUCCGCGGCCACCACCUGCGAGGCUCAAACUCGGCGCACUCCUUCAGCACUUACGGGCGGGACGGCGCCGCGGAGAGGGAGGGCGCCGUGUGUGGCUGGGCGGUGACUCGGCGAGCACCAAACAACCAGAUCACUCCCUCCUCCACCACCGACACCGCCCUUCUGUCCACCGUAUCCGUCGAUUCCCUCAACACCACCACCACAGCCAUCAGGUCUCCCCGGUCUUCCGCUGCCUCCACACCUGGACUCUCCCCCACAACGCCUUCAGAGGACGCUCGGUCCCCGGGGGUGGGGAAGAGCCCCCACCACGGCCAGACCUCACGCCUCCAGCCGCAGCAACAGGGCGGGCGGGGCGUGUCCAACAUGGUGUCGCCUACUAACACGGCACCCAGGACGCCCCCGGCUCGGAUCUCGUCAGUACCGCAGCUGCCGCAGAUCCAAUCCGUGCGGUCCAGGGCGCAGAUGCGCUCCCUGAGCCGCACGGUGUCCUCUGCGGUGAGCGAAUUCUCGGUGGAGGAGGAGGGUGAGGUGCGAGCGAUGCCUCUGCCUCGUCCCAGGCCCUCGCGGCGCCGCGUCCGCUCCAGCAUCGCGCCGCACCUGUCCCCCAUCAAGGAGUGCGACCAGACGGUGCCCAGUCCACCCACCGUGCGUGCCAUCCGUGAGGAGACCAGUGGCACCCCCAGUCCUGCUGCCAGUCCCGCCCACAGUCCGGGCCGCAGCCCGCGGGCCAGUCCGGGGCGCGUCCCUCACACGCCCACCAAGGUGAGUCCUUUGGUGGGCGGCGCUGACGUGACGCGGCGCGCCAACGGGCACAGCGUGAUCAGUCGAGUGAAGAUGAACGGCACGGCGGGUGACACUAACAGUUACUAUGGAAGGACCAUCUCGCUGCCCAGUGGCAACAGCGGCGCGGCGGCAGGAGAGGGCGGACCGGAGGGUGGCAGUGGCGUGUCGCAGAGCCCCAAGAGCACCGCGGUCACCUCCCAGUCCUGUCUGGCGCGCGCCGCGCAGCCCCAGAACGGCGAGGCGACUCACGUGGAGCUGCACAUGUAGCACGGGGUGAUCCGCGCCUCGUCCGCGGUUCCCUCGGUGAAUGUGACUCGUCUGUGACACAAACAUAUUGAACUGGCCUUUGACAUUCAUACUGAUGCUCAUGACACUUUUAUUACUGCCAAAAUAUUUUAAAGAGGAACUGGCAAUUUGAUGCUAAUAUAGUAUAUUCUUAUGUGGAAACAGUGAGACUGGUGAACCGCGUGCCGUGGCGGCGGCGACACUUGCGAGUGUUACUCUGUGGACCAGAUGUGAGUCGUGCCAACGCUCUUUCCGGUGCCCGACCGAUGCUUCCUGCUGGCGGGCAGCGGCGCCAAGGGCUGCCCGCCGGUUCUUCUCUUCACUGACCGAUGCACCGUUUCGCCCGUGCCAACCUCUCCUAGUGUGUGUAGGCAGCAGUCCCUCCCGCCAGCUUCACUAGGCACGUGUAGAGUAGGUGGCGUCGGGCUCCGCUGCAUCAUCCCUCGCGCUGCAUCGUCCUGGCGGAGGCUGAGGCGCCACCCAGGGGAGGAGUGCCGCCGGGUAGCUGCUCCCUCACCAACAGUUCCAGUGUCCUCCUCGAGGCCCCGUGACGCUGGAGAGGCCGCGCCUCGCUGGUUGAACCUUUGGUCAGGACUCCAUCACAAGGCAAUAGUUUAUCUUGAUUCUCUCACAUAAAACUAAGACCGACACACGUGACACAUGACCUGCGGCCGCUGAACCUUGAGUGUGUGUAGGUACAACGGCAGACAUCCCCACCCCCCUUCCCCUCACGACACACACACACACACACACACACACACACACACACACACACACACACACACACACACACACACACACACACACACACACACACACACACACACACACAGGCAAAGUGCAGCUGUUUAAGGGACCUAACAUUCGUGGGUUUAAGGCAAUAAUUAUAAUAUUUCAUCUUAAUCUCGAGUCACUGGACCAUGCAAGGCAAGUGAAUGGUUUGGUGAAGUGGUGCACGAACCACCCUGACACUUUCCGUUCCUUUCAAAGAUGCCCCACCGCUCCUUCAGUCCCCAUUAAAAUCACUCUCUACUAUUGAAAACCACUUCAUUCCUACGUCAAAACAUGUCCUUCAACUCCCCCAUACCCUUACAAGCCCCACCACUCCGUCACCAGCGCUAGGAAGAACACUCCCGCGCCCCCACAAAGGCAGUUUAAGCACCACUACAGACUCUCUCCAGGCUCACAACUGCCCCUUCUCUUCUUUCCCAUUGUUCAUCUUUAAAGACUUGAUUAACAUUCCCAGUCUUGAAAAAUGCCUCCAACCAUCAGUCGUAACUCUUCCUAUUCUUCUCCUGCUUCUUCUUCUUCUUCGUCUUCGUCUUUUUCACACAAGUUGAACGCUUCCGAAAGGGGAAAGUCAAGAUGUUCAAGGUAGGACAUUUGAUUUCCUGUUUUUCCUUUACAAUUUAUGGCCAAAUGUUAAAGAGAAAUAGUUUUUUUUUUAAGGUUUUUGUGUUUUUCUCUUCAUCCUUCGUUUUAUGAGAAUAAUAUUGAUCCUCUUAACACCCCCCCCCCAGUAACUUGUCACGCUUCAAGACUCGCACUUACUCUUCUAGAACCCUUUCACACUUCAGGACUCACUCUCAAUACAUAUACCUCACAUUUUUACCCAGUAAGCAAAAUCUGGCAACUAAGUAGAGAAUCUUUGAAAAACACUGAACUGGAGGACUCAGACACCACUCUCUCACAUCCCUCUUCACUCUGAGCUCUCCCUUAACGCCACAAAGUUUUCUUCCCUCCACCGCUCACCCCCGGCCAGUUUUUUCCUUCUAUUUCACACUCAAAGACACGCACAGGAAUCUGGAAUUUUACACGUAGAAUGCGGUGACGAAGCCAAACCAAGAUGACAGAGUGGCAGAAGGAAGAAAAAAGUAACAGACGGAGUAGUAGAAGUAGAAAGAUUGACAGAAAGAAGGUAGUGAGUAGCAAGAAGAGAAGGAUUAACAAAAGCAACAGAAGGAAGGCAGAAUAAGUAGCAGAUGGAGUGGUAGAAGUAGAAAGAGUAGCAGAAGUUGUAGCAGAAUGAAGGUAGAGUAGCAAGAAAAGAAGAAUUAACAGUAACAAAAGAAGGAAGGUAGAGGGGAAGAGGUGGUCCAGUACCCGUCUGUCUACGUGCUGGAACCAAACAAUAACAGUUAAUAUGAGUCUUAGACCUUAAAUGUACGCAGCACAUCUCUAUUCUUCCUCCUUCUUGGUCCGUGUUUUGAAAUGUUCUGCACUCUCACCUUGACUAUUUUCAAAUGCCACAGAGAUGAUAAGCCGGGUUGAAAAGAGUGUUUCUCCUGUCAAUAAUGUAGAGAUCUUGUUAAUCUGUCAAUAGAACCACAAAAACACCCUUAGAAACCCGUGUAUCUUCAAAUAGAGGCUUUUGAAUGUAGCAGAGGUGGAUGGCGCGGAUGUGUUUCAUAACGUGGCCCUUUGUCUCUAUAUGUGGUGGUGCAUUCCAUCUCUGUUUGUCGUUUCCUAAGAGUUUCGUUCACAUUGCUAGUUUAUAUGGUAAUCUGAACGCCUUUGUCCCUUCCCGUGUUGGCGACGCAGUAAACAGAAAGUGAAUGAGCCUCGACACGCAUAUUGAGAGACGCGAAGCUGCCACAGUGAUGCGCCGCGAUGAAGGAAAAGCAAACGAGUGAAAGAAAAUAGGAAAGUAAAGGGCUCUUGUGUGCACCACGUCGUAAGUCUUGAAGGUUAUAUUUGUGUAGAGUUUUGUGAUUAUAGAUGGUGAUGUCCACGCCCCAGGUGCUGAAUUGUUAUUGGUGGGUUGUUGGGUUGUUAAUGCUGUAACUUGGUGAUGUCACGAGUCUAUGGAAGCUGAUUGGUGGAGUUCCUGAGGGUGACGCUGUGGGUGUACGUGUGUGUGUCCGUGUGUGUGUCCGUAUGUGUGAUUAGCUCUUCAUUUCUUCUCUGUGGUAUUGUUGACUGGUGAUUAGUGAUUAGUGAUUAGUGAUUCGUGAACGUUCCUGUUGAUUGGUGUGGUGAUGUGGUGAGAGGGAAGGAUGGUUUGUUAGUGAUUAGGGAUUGGCUGUUUGGGGGGAUUGGAAACGGAUGAUUAACUGCCUUUUUGAGGAUUAGAGACAUAACUGGACAGUUCUCCGAAGAUUGGAGACAUGAUUAGACCGUUUUUUUGAGGACUGGGAGAUGAUUGGACAGGUUUUUGAGGAUUUGAAACAUGAUUAGACAGUUUUUCGAAGAUUGGGACAUGAUUGGACAGGGUUUUGAGGAAUGGAAACAUGAUUGGACAGGUUUUCGAGGACUGGAGACAUGAUUAGACAGUUUUUUGAGGUCUGGACACUCGUGAUUGGACAAAUUUUGAUGGUGACAACUUGAUUCUUGAUUGGACAACUGCUGCUGCUGACUGAAUGCACGUGACAUUUGAUUGGGUGUUUGAAGGGACUGGUGAUUGGCAAAAACAAACUCCAAACUCGCAUUAGCUUAUGUAUUGAUUGAUUUUCUUUUAAGUUUUAGUAUUUUUUCUCACUCCAUCUUGUUAGUGGUCUUCUUCCAACAAAUAUUUAGACAAGUGUGUGAUUAUUAUUAUUAUUAUUUUUUUUUUUAUGCAGGAGGGAAGCCAGCCAAGGGUAACUGAAUAUUGAAAAAAAGGCCCACUUGAGUGCUGGUUCCCUAAAAUUAGUAAAGAAUUAGCCAAAAUUAAGGAGCAUUAUGUCUUGAAACUUCCCUCUUGAUAAAGUUUACAUAAUUUCCUAUCACCUUUUCCUGCCAGUGGUCGUUUAAGAUUAUAUUCGAAACUUCAUGUGAUUGUUUUAAGAGAUUCAUUUCCUCCAUUCGUUUGAUAUCAGUUGGGUCUUCAAAUUAUUAUCUUGACAUCGACGUGAAUAUUUUGUUGAUAAAGGUUAAUUUCCUCUUUUCCUCCUAGUGGUCUCUUAAGAUGAUUAUUCAGAUUUCCUCUUCCUUGUUGUCAGUUGUCUCUUAAAAUAAUUAUCUAGACAUGGCGUGAAUAUUUUGUUAAUUUUUGCCUUUUCCCCUUAGUUGUCUGAAGGUUAUUUUCAUUUCCUCACUCUUUUUGUUGUCAGUUGUCUCUUAAAAUAAUUAUCUAGACAUGGCGUGAAUAUUUUGUCGAUAAAGAUUAAUUUCCUCUCACGUUUUCCUCUAGUUGUCUUUUAAGAUUAUUUUGAUUUCCUCUUUCCUUUUGCUGUCACUUGUCUCUUCAAAUAAUUAUCUUGACAGACACGUGAUUGUUCUGUUGAUAAAGGUUAAAUUUCCUCUCUUUUUCCCUGCCAGUGGUCUCUUCAAGUCAUUCUCUAAUUAUGUCCCAGAUUGUUUUCAUUGACUUCAGAAAUCACUCAUUUUGGUCUCACUGUUGUCUUAAUCUCUUCAGUACCAGGACGCGUUUUCAUAUUCAUUCUAGUUACUAUUUGACGAUUUUAUACAGCUUCAGAAACAUAUUUUGGGAUUAGAAUAGCAAAAGACUCUGGCCAUUAAUCUUUUGACCUCCAUAUGCCUUCAUAAUGCAAAUAAAAUUGUCUAAUUGUAUCCAAAAAAAUCAAGGUAAAAAUGCGUCUCAUUAUUGAAGGGGUUAAAAAUUAUUCUCUAAAUUUGCCCCGGAUUGUUUUGCUGAGCCUGAGGUGAAGCCGUGUCGAUCAGAGGGAUUAUUUAUAAAAGACUAAUGAAUUAAUAGGUAAUGACAGCCUUGUGCAACCUUGAGGUGAUUAUUUCUGUUCCCGCGGUGACUUACUGAGUGUUUCCUGCGCCCUAAUUAAGACUUGACCUCAUAUUCACGCGGCGAGCGAAGUAGUUUGUUGAGUCGCCGCUAGGUGGAUCUCUCGAGACGGCCUGGCCAACACUCUGCUUGUUUUGUGGAAUUAGUAAUGCUGGGAAAUUAUUUGAAUCAGAUUUGUUUUUUCUUCCUUUAUUAGUUUUUGCUUUGUUUUGUUUUGUUUUCAUGGGAAGUUUUUUUUUUUUUUUUUUUUUUUUUACGUAUUCAGAACAUUUUGUGUACAUUGUUUCUUACUUUCGAAACAAGUUAUUUAAAUUCACUGCAUAUUCCACAUGCUCUGAACAAUUUGUAUAAAUUUUCUUACUUUCAAAACUGCUUAUUGAAAUCCUCUCUAUUUACCUUCUCUCCACGAAGCUAACCUAACUUUUACAUCUAAACUUCUUGCCUGUUAUAGAAGUUAGCCAUCUUGCAUAAUAUCGUGAAACGUGUAUUUUUAAAAGCUCUCACAACUUAAUGUCCACAACUCAUACAUUCAUUAGCAUUACCAGGAAGGUGACUCGAGCUGCUGCCUAAUGACCGCUAUUAUUUAUUGGUGCUCGGGGCGGGAGUGUGCAGUCAAUACUCCCGCGACCACCGUGACCUUGCACCGCCAAGGCAACGCUGCCAAUAAAUAAAGCACCUUCUAUUUAUCGCGCCCGCCUCGCCGCCAUAUUGACAGCCAUUCACAGAACCAGCCUCACUUCGGCACCAUUACCAUAACAAACUCAUCCACACACCAGGCACCACUUACUAAAAUAUUCUGUUUAUACCUGACGAAAUGGAGAACACGAGAACACAUCCUGACGAACUGAACAACACGAGAACGCCAUUACCGUAAAACAUCUUGACUCGUUACUGGUGUUUAGAAUUCAUUGGUUAACUGCAGAACACUCUCACGCCAACAUGACCUUAACAUUAAUCUCCUCUGAGCAAUUAGUAAUGUCUUUAUAUCGGAUGAUGUGAAGAACAUAUGAAUAUUGCCAUAACAUCUAUCUCUUCACAUCUUGAGUUCAGUUCACUUCGAGUACUGAGUUACACCUUUUCCUGAUGAACAAUAGAACGCGGGGGAAAGACUGUCAGUGGUGAAAAGAAAGGAAAAGCUUGUUAGUCUAUCGUUAAAAAAAAAUAAUAAUAAUAUAAUAUAACUUGAUAGAUUGAUAAGAACUCCAUUUCACACAAGAUGAACAACAGAUCGCGAGAAAAGAAAAAUGGUCAGUGGUGAAAAGAAAGGAAAAAGCUUGUUAGUCUAUCGUUAACAAAAAAAAAAAACAAUAACAAUAAUAAAAUGUAAAAUCUUCAUAGACUGAUAAAAACUCCAUAUCACACAAGCUUUCCUGAUGUCACUUUCAUGUUAACUAUAGAGGAUUGGAACAGAUCAAGCCAGUCUACCUAUCGAUGGCGCAGGAGACUCAUCCCUUCCCAGACUUCAUAUUAGACUAAUGGAAGAAUUUAUUUCUAAGGCGAUAAAUUAUACAGCGCGGGAAUAGGUUGUGCUGGCCAGGUAUUGAUCUUCAGCUGGAGCUCCGCGGGUUGGCACGUGGAUGGGGUCUUACCUGUACUAACCUGGGACUCACCUGGGUAGUCAGGGUUAGGUAAGUGGCUAGUUGCUGUGGAGACCGUCACUGGAACUUAUUUGGACUCAAUUUAAACCCAUCAGGAUUCUUUUAGACUCAUAUGGACUCAAAGUUGCAUUUUCUUGAAGGAUUUGAACUUAGUUGGACACAAUUUAAAUCUUCCAAGACUUUUUCGGGCUCGUUUUAAUUCACGUGUGCUUCAUUAAUUCAACGUGGGCCUCGACUCUGCCUGAACACUGCUGGACCUAAUCUAGACCACCUGGACUCUACCUGAACACUCUUGAACUGAAUUUGAACCUUCUUGUAUUCAUUUGGACUCAUUCUGGACUUAUCCGAAAUCUCGUGGACUGUUUUAUAUUAAUGUUGAAGGGAAGGGGAGAGGGCGAGCGUGGUUGUCGUGUCCUGUGGUUGCGAGGAAUUGUUGUCGUUGUUGUUAUUGUUGUUAUUGUAUGGUUGUUAUUGUUAUGAAGUGGUGUCACCCUGAGAGUCACCCUCAGGAGAGCCGGGAGAUGGAUCGGGUGAGGCACGGAAGGCUAGAGGCGUGAGGCUGGAGGAGUAGGUGGGGGAGGGGCGGGGGCCACUCCUCCCAGUAGUCAGUAGCCGCCUUAGAGCAAGUCUGUAGAUGGUGCCUGCUUCGGUAGCUGCAUACACAAGCCGCUAGGAACUAGAGUAGCCGUCGGGUUGUGUUUGUCGUGACUCGUGACAGUGUGGUGGGUAGCUCAGCGGGCCGCGGCUCUGUGCCCGCCCCGCGUAUCUAGUUGUGUAGUCAGCAGCAGCAGCAGCAGCAGCAGCAGCUUUACUACAGUUAGUGAUUGUUAUCGUCGUAGAGAAGUGACCCUUUGUAGAAAGUGAAACCCCCCGUAACUUUAUAUCGGAUGGGCAGAUUCCUGUGAUAGCUGUCUCCUUUCUUCCCUCAGCGGCACACGUCCCUUGCGGCGCGUCCUGCUCCGUGGCGCCGCUGUAGUUCUCUCCCCACGGGAUAGGUUAUUAUGUCUUCGAUCUCACCUGCGGGCGGCGGCGAGGCUCUCCGCGGCGCGAGGAGUGAGCGUGAGGCCAAGGAUGGCACCAGUACCCGCGAGAAUACGACACCGGCCAGGCAAACACACAGACCACGAAACUUUGGCUUAAUAAAUAUUUUUGGUGGAAUAAAGCUCCAUAAAUUCUCCCCAAAAUCAGGAGGAGAAUUUAUAGUCAACGGCCUAUAAAUUCUGGUUAUUACCUCCGAGAUGAGAAAAAUGGCGGUGUUUCAUUAUAAACUCAACAAACUCAGGCCUUGAUAGUUUAUCACCAACUUCCUAUCACUGUUGGGUGCGGAAACCAAGCAAAAUGCUGCUCACCGUGACCUCCCGAGCCUCACUCUCACGCCUGGUGGUGCGGGAGCCACCGUCAGGGCCAGCACAGGUCGAGGCCUGGCGCGGUGUGCCGGUUGCCGCCGCGCUGGAGCCGCAAGGUCCUUCUAACCCAGAUAUCUCGAGCCAUAUCAGCGAUCACUUGCCUUAACGGGCGCAUCAGCCACUUCCUGCACAUCAGUGAACUCAGUCAGCCUCAACACUCCCUUGGUUGGUUGGUCAGGUACUUUUACCGCGUGGAUUGUUUCUCUUCCUUUUUUUAUAUAUAUAUUUUUUCGGCAUGUUCCUGGUCACUGUUCUGGCGUGUUUACCCUUCUGUGUGGUGAGCUGCCUCCCUCUCUGCUGGGGCGGUCACUCUCUUGUCUUUUUUUUUUUUUUUUGCCUUCAUGAAUUAAAAAAAAGUACAAAUAUGUAUUAAUUAGCUCCAGGACUGUUGCUGCUGCCACCACCACCACCACCACCACCACCACUUCUGCCUCCGCCACUUCCAUUGGGACAUAAUAAGUGGGAUGCUCAAUUGUUUGAACGUGAUGGGGACGCCACAGGAAUCCACAUGAUGGUGUUUCACGGUUGUAAUGGCGCGGUGUUAGUGGUGGUGCUUGUAACCGUUGUGUUUUGGGAGAGGGUAGUGAGUGCAAUGGUGGUGGUGGUGGUGGUGGUGGUGGUGGUGGUGGUGGUGGAGGAGUGGCGGCGGCUUGUACCUCACCGCUCUCCUCUCCGCCAGGCGAUCGUCAGGAGUGACCAAGAGCUCUGUGGAGAAUAACUUAAUUUAUGUGCCAACUUUUUUACUUACUAAUUUUAGACAUUCUCGGAAGCAUGGUAGCGUCACGGCAUUUAGUUCCAAAUUCAGUCCUUUUUGUGUAGUUGACCAAUGUAGUCACGGCACACGACGCAGCGACAAGCGAGACACACACUUGGCGACGUGGCGGCCCGGCCGGCAUGGUAGCGAGGCCGGGCCCGCCAGCGGCCCGCUCAACACUCCGCCAACCCGACCCGGUUUAUCCUAACACUGAGAAUGAGGGUUUUGUAUCAUAUCGUUUUGUAAAGAUGUAAACUAUUGCCGUUCUGAAGGACUGAGACAUGUAACUACUUUGAAUAAUAAAGUUCAAAACUC